AUGCUCGGUCGAGGAAGCACGUCCGGGGCCUUCUUUCCCUUACCAGCCUUGGGGACGAGGGGGUCCCAAUCUGCAUUCUUCAGAGCCCCCCUCACGGCCUCUUCAACAGGCCGAAUGAAUCUGGCCCAGAUGCACUCUUCGUACCAGACUUUUCCAUCCUCGUCGUACGCGUUGCGACGCAACCAAGGCGUCAGAGUAAGGAAGGUCAUUCCCUUUUGGAGUUGGAAGGAAAUGCCAGCCACGCCGUGCUGCUGGGCGACGUCGGCCCUCCAAGACGAGAGCCAAUUGGUUGACAACAGGGGAAGCGGUGCCGUCUGGAUCAAGCCGAAUUGCCGCGCCACGAAGUUCGGCCCCAGCCUUGGACAGGCCGCAAUGAAGGUCGCGCGCGACCAGGAAGGAGCCCCAGAUUUCCUUCAGAUCGUUCUCCGUUUCACCGUCAGGAAUCACGGAGAGGUCGUGCGCCAAGAACAAAGGGUACGGCCGAGCAAGGCACACCCGAAAUUGCGACCCAGUCCUCUCGACCAAGCCAUAGAAAAAUUUAUAACAGGAAGUCGAGGUGUUAUGCUUCUUGGGGGCCCGGGCAAACGCAUUGGCCAACGGCUCGGUGUCAGUAAUAUUGGCCACUCCCCUCAGCUUUGGGAAAUAAGCCUGCAGCCAGAACUGGAAGGCCCAUAG